CCCACCCCCACCGUCCCGCCUGCCUCCCAGCUGCGUCCGCCGCUGUCCUGUCUGGCCGCCCGGUGUCUGCUCCGCCGCUCCGCGCUCUGCGGCGCUCCCACCCCGAACCCGAAGACUCUGCCUCCGCCUCGUUCACCGCCCCGGUCCCCCCCUCCCCAUCUAUCCGCCCGGUGAAUGCACCAGCGCCGCGAACAUGACGGGCAUCGCCGCCGCUUCUUUCUUCUCCAAUUCCUGCAGGUUCGGGGGCUGCGGUCUCCAGUUCGAGACUCUCGCCGAGCUCAUCGUCCACAUCGAGGACAAUCACAUCGACACAGAUCCGCGGGUCCUGGAGAAGCAGGAGCAACAGCAGCCCACCUAUCUGGCCCUGAGCUACAUCAACAGGUUCAUGACAGAUGCGGCGCGCCGGGAGCAGGAAACCAUGAAGAAGAAGGCCACGCCCAAGCUCUCCCUGUCCAUCACUGGCGGAGUGUCCAGGAACAGCACGGCCACGCCUCCUCGCCACACCAGCGGUAACCUGACGCCUCCCGUCACGCCCCCUAUCACCCCCUCCUCCUCCUUCCGCAGCAGCACACCCACAGGCAGUGAGUAUGAUGAGGAGGAGGUAGACUACGAGGAGUCGGACAGUGACGAGUCGUGGACCACAGAAAGCGCCAUCAGCUCCGAGUCCAUCCUCAGCUCGAUGUGCAUGAACGGGGGAGAGGAGAAGCCGUUCGCCUGCCCCGUCCCCGGCUGUAAGAAGAGAUACAAGAAUGUGAACGGUAUCAAGUACCACGCCAAGAACGGCCACCGCACGCAGAUCCGUGUGAGGAAACCCUUCAAGUGUCGCUGCGGAAAGAGCUACAAGACCUCGCAGGGCCUGAGACACCACACCAUCAACUUCCACCCGCCCGUCUCCACCGAGAUCCUGCGUAAGAUUCAAGGCUAGAAGCCGCGAUCACACAGGUCAACGACCCCAAACAGAGCCCUGUCCUGACUUUCCUUACCCGACCCUUUUAUAUACCCUCCCCACACACUAAAGGAUCAAGUGCAUGCUUUAAGUUCUCAUUUAGGUUUUUUUUUUUCAUCUUUUCUGUUUGUUUUAUAUUAUUUUUUUUUCUAUCCAUGUUAUAUCACUUGUAUUUUUGAAAAAAAAAACAAAUGUAUCUUUGUAGUAUUUUUAAUGUUGUACAUUUGCACAUUCGUAUAUGCUAUCACGUUCCUUUUUUUCUAUUGUUUGACUUACAUAAGGUGCUAACUGUAAAAAACAACAGAAAGAAAAUAGACAAAAAAACAAACGACACGAAAACAAGCCCCGCCCCUUUUCGAAGUCAGCGCUGAUCUGAGCUCAGCGGUCGCUACGCUCUCUUUCUACUCGCCGAGUUGGCUGAUCUCAGAUCUGUUCCUUCGCUGUGACUUCUGGGGCUGAAGCGCAAGAGUUAAGUUAUACUUUAAAUAGAUAUAUUGAUAUAUAAACAAUAGAUAUGUAUGUGUACAUAAAAAUAUAUAAAAGUAUUCAUGAGCAUAUACAUAAAUAGUUACACUUUAUUUUCAAGCUUUAUUUUAUAUAUUUUUGUCAGUGUUUUUAGAUAGUGUUUUUUUUCUAUGUAUCAAUAAGUGUUCCUUUCAUUUCCUUUAUUUGCUGAGAGGGCCGGUGGCGUCACCUCAGAGGUCAAACAGCCGGCUGACUUCAGGUUCAGAGAGUCACCACUUCCUACAGAUUAGGAGCCUUGUUGGUUUUGACCAGCUCUGAAUCGAUAUUUUUGCUGUUGAUCAGGAAGGGACGCUCAACGCUGAACGUAUGUGAACCCGGCCCAGGCCAGUAAUCCAGAUCUUCAACAUUUCAUCCCCACGGGAAGCCAUCCAUGUAUUCAUAUCUCCAGUGUUUCCUCGUUCAGAGUGCCAGAGCUGUGAGACUUAGCCGUGAAAGCAGGUUAAGCAUCAUACUGUAUUCCAGUUGCCAAGAUCUUUGUUUGUGUUUUUCCAUGAUUGUUGCCAACAGCUCUCCACUGCCAAACAUUGACCAUACCAUGUGCCUGAUGGGGGGGAGGAUGGGGGGAGGGGAGGGAGGACGCCCAGCGCGUGGCAAUGACUUUCUUCUUCAGUGCGCGUCCAAAACGCGCGGAUGUACUUCGACGGAAUGUUUUCAUGCAUGCUUUCUGUGUCGUGUGUGAGAGAAGAGGGUGAAUUUGUAUUUGAAAGAGAUUACCAUCUACAACCUGUCGUGUGUGUGUGUGUGUGUGUGUGUGUUGUAGACAAGAGCAUUCCAGUUAAUUGUGUGUGAGUGUGUGUGUGAGCUGUGUAUGUGUGUGUGUUUUCAGCAGUAUCCAGUUCAUCAGCCUAUAGAGUGUUACUGUAUUCUGUGUUUCAGUGCUCAGAUCUGUUACGUUUUCAGCACCAGGCCACCGGUUCGACUCCUGUGGAGCAGGACGGCCGCCGGCUGGUUGCAUCAUGUAGAGUAGUGCUGGCCAACUUGUUGCUCCGAUGACGGGGUUUCAUCAUUCAUUGCCUCUAGAAAAACAAAAGCGGUGCAGUGCAGCGCCGCGUGCCAAGACUCAUUGAUUCAUGACAUGAUUUCCAUCAUCGUGCACAAUGUUUCUUUUUAUUCUGCAGAAGGCUCAAAGCGAGAGCUUUUCCUCUUUUGUUCAUUUGAUGGGUAGAGUGAUCUCUGACAUGCACACACCCUCCUGUCCUCCGAGCUGCUGCUGCCAGGACGUCUUUACGAGACAGAUUCCAUUUUCUUUUCUGGCAUUUGUUCAUCUUAAAGGUGCAGGAUGAAGAAAUAUUGUUUAAAACAUUCAAAAAAGAAAUAACACUAAAAAAAGACAUUGAUGUAGCAUUGCAGAGAUAUCUACUGACAUUAGCAUGCCAACCAGCUAAUAGCUAGCCCCGGCCUGUACUUUUUCAUAAUGCCACUCCAAGCUCCCAGUCUGGACCGCUAGCUGCAUGGCUAACUGAGCUGACUAGCUAACAGCAUCUACAGUUAGCAGCAGUUAGCGGUUACUCUGGUGACAUGCUGCUGUCUAUUUGUAUGAAUUUGAGAUGACACCAAUUCUUACACAUAGAACCUUUAAACCUCCAGAGUCAGUUAACCACCAGUCGAUCGAAAGGAAGUUUGAAAAAUGUCAAACAUUUGCUGAUUCCACUUUCUUAAAUGUGAGGACAUGCUGCUAGUGUUGACAGCAUAAUUCACAGUUCUUUGACAUUUUAUGGACCAAAAGAUAAAAAAUAAAAUAAAUAACACGCAGAUUAACGUAAAUUAAUCACAAGAUGAUUGCAGCCCCAGUUUAUCUAACCACACCAGUGCUACGUAACAAGUAAGCACAUCCACGUCUUGUUCUGAAGUGAACCAAGAUCUCUAAAAUCCCAGUAUCAGUUUCAAAGUGUGGACGCACUCCCCUGAAAGUAACCCAGAGGUGAUGCUUUGUGCGUGAUAGGAAAGCUUCAUUCCUGCCUCGCAGCGAGUUUCUGUGGCUGUGAUCAGAGCAGAGAUGUGGACGGAGACUCAGAGUCUCCCGUCGUUGGGGAGUUCUGUCAAACACUCGUAAAAACCAUCCCCGCUUCACAGACACCGCCGUCGCCAUGGCAAUAGUUUCAGCAUUUUUUGUUUUUUUUCUUUACACGGGGGGCCAAUUGCAGUAUUAUACAUAUGGGAGAGGAGGAGCGGAGGCUGUGUGCACAAGCAGGAGAUAUGUGAGGGCGGGGGUUUCAGUAUACCGUGUACAGUGAAUGUAUUGUAACGUGCAUCUGUUGUCAAGUGCUUUUAAAUUAUAUUUUCGUAUGUAACGUGGAGACCGACGUUUCCUUUUUGUAUGGGGGGACGACAGAUUCUGAGCAGAGUAACUUGUAAAUGAUGUCAAACUGUCUUUCUAUAUAAAAGAGAAGCUGCUUAAAUGUAAACAGGAAAUGACUGAAAAAAAAAGAAAAAUAAAGUAAAACUCUCUGCAGCUCUGA